CAAUACUCUUAGACGCAAACCGCAAAGUAGCAAACGGGACUUUUGUUGGCAGUCAGCUUCAUUUAAUCCAAUAUUCGAAUACCAUGUGUUGAUUUACAAUAUUCGUAUAUAUUCUCUCCAUUCCGGGCGUCACGGAGCAGCAGUCUCAUGCGUGGCUCAAUUGACAACCGGGCAGCAUGACAUUAGGAAUCGCACGUUUAUGUGUUUACUUGUUUCUUUUAUUUCGCUCUUAUUUCUAUUGUUGUUUGAUCAAGCGACGCGAUUUGUUGGCGCGGUGUACUUAACAUAUUGUAAUUGUUGUAUAUAACCAACUAUUGAAAUGCCAGCUACAUCGACUCCAAAAGUUGCGAAUGCUGAAUCAAAUCCGUUGAAAAUUUUGGACGAUGACGAAGAGAAGCCAACACUGGUUCUCAACGAAGACACCGGGGAGUUUGUCAUAAGUCCCGCAACAAUGAGAACGCCGAGCAACAGCGUCGACACCUCUUCUAGCGAAACGUUCGCCUAUAAUCUGGAAACAUAUCUGGCGGAGCGACGCCUCAUUCGGUUGGUGAGAAAGAGAUCGGCGCUCUAUAACCGACACCAUCGGCGCUUCAGAGAUGAUGUGUUCAAGGAGCAGCUGUGGCAGGACAUUGCACGGAAGAUGUCAGUGGAGAUUAACAAAUGCAUCAGUACUUGGGCAGAGUUGCGCUACAAAUAUCAGCGGCAUGUGCGCCGUCUGCGCAGCUAUCGCCGGCAGGUGCAGACGUGUCGCAGUCGGGCGCGUGCACGUCCCAUCAUGCUGCACGAGGAGGAACUGAUCUUUCUGUACACGCAUGUGGCCCAGUUUCCGCUGCAGUCCAACAGGCGCAACAGUCGACCCCCAUUGGAUGUGUCGAGUGGGACCGACGAUGUCACCAUCGUGAAUACACAGCCACCCAUCAUAGACGUAGACGCGGAAUAUUCGGAUCAGUAUAACAUAAGCCCGGAUCAGCAGCGUCUAAUUGAAGCCGUGCGCGCCUAUCCCCAGCUCUACGACACUGAGCACGACGAUUACGAGAACUAUCAUCAUCGCGGCCUCAUUUGGAGUGCCAUCUCCAAUGAGCUGCGCGAGAAGGCGACCAAGCUGAUGAAGAUCUGGCUGCACCUACAGACGCGCUACGAGUGGGAGCUGCUGCAAGCCAAUAACAGCAGCAGCGAUAGCUCCCACUUGUUGACGCAGCUCAACUUUCUCGAGCCGCACAUUCGGCAAACACCCAACACGGUAUGCAAGCUGUCGCUGUAUUUGAAGGACGGCUGGUUCGAUUCCAUCGAUCACUUUCGCACUAUUGUCAAUCUGAUAAAUGUGCUCAAAACGGUGCCGGAAUUCCCACAAUUGCUAGAGGAUAAGCAGGACAUGGCCGUACAGGACACGAGCAGCUACAAGGAGCUCUGGUCGCGUGUUGCGGCCCAAGUGAAGUGCAGCAGUCAGCGCUGCGAGGUCACCUGGCUGGUGCUGCGCAAGUUCUACCUGGAGCUGGCCGAGAUGCGCAAAGUUGGCUAUCAGCUGCAGGACAAAUGGUUCUUUGAGAACAUCAUUGGCUGCCUCUACAAGCUGCUGACUUCGCGCUCGGUGCGUUAUGCCCAAAAGCAUGCCGUCAAUAAUGUGCCCAAAGUCGCAUCGCAAACCAAGCCAAACCCACCGCAAGACAAGACCCCAGUGACGGUGCGUGAUGUGCGUACCACUGAGACGACCCCGGCGGUGGCACCGCUGGUGACACCACUGCCCCUGGGCAUUAACUACCCGCCUACUAUGCGACAGCCAAACAUCACCAUCUCUGCUAUACCCAAGAACAGCAGCAGCAGCAGCCAAUCCACCAACACUGUCUUCAGCGCCAUCAGCAGCACUUCCAGCAACAGCACCAUCAGCACCACUGGCACCACCAGGGCUACCAGCACCAUUACCACUGCCAGCAACACCAGCAUCAGUGCCAACAGCAGCAGUGGUGCAGUUGGCACCACCGGCUAUACCUUGCCCUACAUUUCGGCAGCCAUUACUGUGAUUCCUAAGACACGGCCGACUGCCGCAACGACUGCAGCGCCGCCUGUGGUAACUGUUACCAAGUCCACAUACAUGGACGCGCUGCCCAAUCCUCUGGCAUUGCCCAUACUGGCCACUGUACAGCUGGCCACACGGCCCAGCGUACCCAGCGUGCCCAGUGCGCGAUUUAUUCCAGCACGCAGUGGUCUGCAGGUGACGGUUAGAUCCAAAACGAGUCUACCUCUGUCGCCGUCCGUUAUUGGCAGCACCAGCACAAACAAUCCCACCGGCAAUAGCAUUGGUGGCGCCACCAUAAUUCGCGCUGUCCCAGCUGCUUCAUCUGCAUCAGCUGUCCCAGCAGCUCCAAUUGUUCUAGCUGCUCCAACUGCUCCAGCGACACGAACUCUUCUAGCUGCUCCAAUUGCUCCAGCGGUUCGAACCAUUCUAGCUGCUCCAACUGCUCCAGCGACUUUUACUUCUCCAGCUGCUCCAACGGUCUUAGCUGCUUCAGCAGCUCGAGCUGCUCUAGCUUCUCCAACUGCAUCAGCUGUCUUAACUGCUCCAGCUGUUCCGACUGUUUUAGUUGCUCCAACUGCUCUAGCUGCUCCAGCUGCUAGUGCCAGGAUGCCGCCCAUAACCGCCCAGGAGCCGGUGUCCAUUGCAGAGGUGACGCCGCCUUUGCCCAAGCUACGGCCGAUGGACGUGCUCAGGAACAAGACGAUGUUGUCGUCGAAGGGCGCCGCAUCGAUGCCAAUGCCCAAGCUGACACCAACAACGUUUGCCAAGAUGCCACCCAAUGAAAUUGGCGGAAAUCCGGCAUCAUCCGGAAACAUCAGCAGCAACAGCAGCCUGACCAAGUCGGUUGCCCCUUCGUCGACUUUGAUGGCCAGCAUAGGCAUCAGCAGCAGUGCAUCAAGAGUGAGCGGCCGUAUGGAACCAGCUUGGGUUCCCCCCUUGGUGCCCAGCAACGCACCCAAAAUACCCUGUACUCCAUUAGGAGUGAGCGUCAGUAUGGCCAAUUCAAUGCCGCCGUCGACUUCAUCCAUGCUCACCAAUGCCGUCAGCAUAUCCAGCAGAGGGAGAACAGAACGAUCUGGUGUUCCCCCCUUGGUGCCCAGCAACGCCCCAAAAAUUCCUCCCAACCCAAAAGUGGGCGUCAGUAUGGGCAAGACAGUGCCGCCAUCGCAGUCAUCGAUGCUCAGUUUAUUAAGUGCGAGAACAGAACCAUCUGGUGUUCCCCUCUUGGUGCCCAGCAACGCGCCCAAAAUUCCCACAAAUACAAAAGUGGCCAAGACAAUUCCGCCGUGCCCUUCAACGAUGCUUAGCAAUGCCAUCAGAUCUGGUGUUCGACCCAGCGAUCCCUCCAACAAUCCCAGUAAAUCAUCAAGUGUGAGCACCAUCAGCAUGGCUAAGGGGGCUAAGGUGACUGCAUGCCCAUCAAAUUUGACGCCGUCGGAAGCCGAAAUGAAAGUUGAGAUACGCAACCAUCCGACCAUGGGACCCGUCAUCUAUGCCGAGGGCCCCGCCGUACCCUUUUUACCGAAUCUGACCAUGGCACGCACUGCAUUCUUUAUCCGCGAGGUGAUGGCCAUACCGCAACUCCACAGCACGGAUCCCGAUGUGAUGCUCAAAAGUUCCCGGUACUGGCAGCAUCUAUCCAGAAAGUUUCACAUGCCAGAGCAAAUGUGUCGCGGCAUAUGGCGCUUCUUGGCGGCGAACAUUAGUCUGUUCCCGGAGAUAGCGCCCAUGUCGAAUCUGAUGAGUCCAUUCAAAGGGAGCUUGAAGACGUGGGAGAGGUCGAAUCGAUUGUUUAGUAAAUUUGAUGGGAUCGCACGCAAAUAUGAAUGGAUGCAGUACAAAGACAAGCUGCCGGCCCUGAUGCAGUUCUUCGGCGGGUAUGAGCAUCUGUACUGGGAUCUGCGACGACCGCGGCCGGGAGAGGACAGUCAGGCGGUACAGCAGCCGCCACGUUCACUUACCGAACAGGAGCGGCAGGAGGUGUGGCAAUUGGCACGCGAACGUUUUCCACACAUAAAUCAUCGCGACGUUUGGGCCAUGUUUAAAUUUGCCUUCAAAACGUAUAUGGAGGACUUGGAGCGUGGCAUUGAGAAUCCCUGGCCGCAGAACUGGUGGCAUGCCUUGGAGCAGCUGAAAUAUCUAGUGAAUAUGCGCUAUCAUCCCUUGGAGCCCUUCUACUACAUUGUGCACAACAAGUUCAUGGAGGAGGUGAAGCGCUGCAGCAUGUACGAAGCGUUAAUGCAAUCAAAUUCUUCCGGCAGUGUGAUUAGUUCAUUGGCCAACAUUUCGCCCAUGCCGUGGGAGACGGCCGAGGCUAAGGAGCUGUUUGCUAUGCAGAAACAACAAAGGCAGCAAAAACAGCAGCAGCAGGAGCAGGAGCAGAAGCAGCAGCAUCAGAAGUCGAAGCAGCAGGAGCAGGAGCAAGUAAAGAAGACACUUCCCCAGCUCCAGCCGCUGGAAGUGACUGAAGUGUGCACGGUCAGCCAGAGCUUGCCCAGCAUCGAUGUGUUUCAGCUGAGCCGCCUGAUGCUCUGUUAUCCGCAUACCUAUAGCCAAUCCAGCACCAUAGAGAAGCGAAGAGCCUGGCUGAAAGUUGCCAAUGAACUCAACACCUCAGUUACCGAGUGCCGACUGUGCCUGCAGCAUGCGGUGCGAGAUAUGCGGCUGGUAAAGCUGGGUGAUCCGAAAUAUCGCUGCUUGCUGUCGCAUAAGUAUUAUCGUCACUUGGACGAGAUUUACAACCAGGUCAAGGCGGGCGGCCCACAGAUGAAGAUGCCGAUACCAAAAACCAUAAGCCGAAUUGUAUUGGAGUCCACCGACAGAGUAUAUCCGACGCGCUUUCUGCCCGAGAUCAAUAUAGCUGUGUGCAAGCCCAGUCUGGUGGUCAAGAACUGGGCAUAUGCGGCCAUCAAUUUGCCAUACGCCAAUCAGAGCUCAUUGCGCACACGUCUGAAGCAUAUCUUUGAAAAAUAUGCAAAUUUGGCGGGCAUCAAGUGGCCAGUCCAGUGCAGCAAUGGUGCACCAAAGCUCCGGCAAAAGCAGCAGAACGCGCAGCAGGAGCAGGAACAGGAGAAGAGGUCCCUGCUAGAGCAGCCCAACCCGAAAAGACCUAGGCUGAAGUGAAAUAUAUAGACUACUAUUAAUGCUAAGCAUAGUUAUAUAAGAUAUGUAUGUGAAUAUAGAAGCUUGGGCAUCAUGUUCCAGCUGUUCCAGCUGGAAUACAAUCCUCGCCCAACCUAAGAAACUAUCAGGCAUCACGAAAGCCACUUGCAAUCUCUGUGAAUUAUAGAUGUACUAUAAGUAAGGAAUAAUAUUUACGAGGGAAGAUAUCCAAUAUG